AUGAGGCUACUUGUGAAAAUGACACUUCCACCAAAAUCACAUGAACAAAGAAAAUCCGGAAGAUUUAGUUCAUUUAAGAUGCAGAGAGGUGAUGUGAGGAAUGUUCACCAUGCUGGUCAACCAAUGCCUGGUGAGGAGCAAGAAGAUAUAGUCAUGACCAGUACCCAGAAUAACCUAUUAAAUACGAAGUGCCCUUUGACAGGAAAGCCUGUUACAGAAUUACAAAAUCCUGUCCGCUGCAUGGACUGCAAGCACAUUUAUGAGAAGGAACCAGUAAUCCACUACAUAAGCACAAAGAAACCACAUCCUCGAUGCCUAGUUGCAGGUUGCCCAAAAAUUCUCCAAGUUGGACGGGUUGUAUGCGACGCCUUGCUUACAAGAGAAAUUGAUGAAAUGCGUUUGGCAUAA